AUGGUAAACGACGUGGCCUUCGGUGCUCAACGGCUGAAGGGCUGUAACCCUUUCGUCAUUCAACUCUGCACUGAAUUGCCGCCCAGUAUGGAGUGCAUUCGUGAGUGGAUAAAACCGCACCUAGAAGGCUGGACCCUGCAGCAAACCAUUGUGGCCAAGCGUCUCUAUGUUGUCGAUUAUGCUAUCAUGCGUGGUCUACAUUGUCGACCGGGUCGCCUCUUCCUCUUCACGGACUCCUCGGAUGACUGGUUACAGGCUAAGCUGUGGUUCAAUCUGGCCGAUGCCUGUCACCAUAUGAUCGCGGGUCGGCUUCUCAACCACCUUCUCCUGGAGUCCAUCUACGUCUCGAUGCGACGAAACCUAGCCCAGUCUCAUCCCAUCUACCAACUCCUGGCCCCACACUUUCGCAGCCUGCUAGCUGUCAAUAGGUACCUCCUCUCUUUUUCUGCACUCUAG